CAGCCUGCCAGUGCAGGCUGCAGCAGCAGCUGGAGCCAGCCUGGGUCUGGCACCUGUGCUACCUUCCUCAGCCUGAAGCCAACGGUGUGUCGCAGCUGCCUUGGUGCUACUUGCAUGGCUCCCACAUACUUGAAUGACCCAGUUGCAAGGGUGCUGUUUGCAGCUCGUCGUUGCUGCUCAUUAUGGCCAUGAAUGCAUCUCUUCCUCAGCUUCAUGCCCCUUCCUGAGGCUACUCUUACUUCCAAAGACCACUGUAUGUGCCCCUGCUGUGUCAACCUGGAAGCCAAGCCUCCUGCAAAGGCACACAGCCCCCUCCCUCUCCCCCUCCUUCCAUGAGCUGCGCCUGACAGGAUGCGGCCAGCAUGGCGGAACUUCCACCAAUCAGCGCCCGGUUGGACGGCCCCUUCCGGUCCAACGUCCGGCGCCUGCUGUCCGAAGUGGGAGAGCCACAGCCAUGCUCCCUGGCGGGAACGUCCAGGUGGAAGAUUGCCUUCAGCGACGGCCAGGGGGGCACUGAUGACCUGCUGGUCUUUGAGGAGGAUGUGCCAGCAACAGGGAAGUUGUACUGCGAGCAGUGCAGGGUGAUCGGCUGGGGCCACCACCCUGUCUCCUGCUCGCGCUUCCACUUCAUCCUCCCCAGCGAAGACAGCGCUACCGUUCUUGACACCGGCACCCGCCACUGUCCCAGCUGCGAGGCAUCUUGCCCGGUGGUGUCAAGCGAGUGCCCCCAGUGCGGGGCCGACCUGCGACGGUCCUCGGCACUGGAGGUGCAGACCCAUUUGCUACAUGGCGUGCUGCACUCAAACGGGUAUGGACACCUGAUGAGGAUCAACGGGCGGGAGCGGGGCUCGCGCGUCCUUUCGGGGACGCAGCUCAUGGACUUUUGGGACCGCCUUUGUACGCUGCUCAAGGCUCGGGACGUGUCGGUCCAGGACGUCAGCAAGAAGUUCGGCCUCGACUUCCGGCUCCUGCACGCCGUUGCCUAUGGCUGCACGUGGUACGGCCGCUGGGGCUACCGCUUUGGCCGCGGCAGCUUCGGCGUUUCCAAAGACGCCUACUCGGGCGCUGUCGCGCUGCUCCAGAGUCUCCCCCUCGCCACGAUAAUUUCGCACUUCGAGCUGGUGGAUCACAACGUGGCGGCUAUCAUUUCGAAGUACCAGAAGAUUUCGGGGGGGUCCGUGCGCACUCUGGGCGAGCUGUAUCGGUUCAUGCUCGAGUUGCGGCCGAAACUGCCGGAUGGGAAGGAGGCAGACGGGGUCUUCGCAAAGACGCAGAAUGGAUCGAACGCGCUUAAGCGGGGCCAAAAGGCGGGGUUCUUGAAGCAGGGGAGCGGGAAGGGGAGUAAAGCUCGACGGGGAGGUAUUGGGUCGGCGCAAAACGGGGGCCGCUUCCGUGGCCUCAUGCAGGGUCCGCUGAAGGGGAUUGCAAAGGCCCGGACGCAGAACAUGCGGCGGCCGGCUAAAGGACUAAAGGUUGGGUUUCGCCAAAGGAUGGGUCUCGGGAACGGCAGCAGCAGCCCCCGCUCACCGAACCUGAGCAAGAGCCCCCGGAGUUCACCAGCCAAGUCGCCCGGGAAAUUGUCCACCAAGUCCCCGGGCAAGCUGCCAGCUACUUCGCCGAUGAGGUCGCCCAAAAAGCCGCUAACGAGGACGUCACCAAGGGGCAACGGGUCGCCGCCCGUGUCCCCCCGGAAACGCAAAGCGGGGGAGGUAGCUCGGGAGGAGAGCCCCGGGCCGCGGAGAUCGCGGCAGCGGUUGGAGGAAGAGGCGCGCGUUUUGGGGAUGAGCGGGGCUGGGUUUGAGCGCGACGGCAGCCUCGACAGCGAGGCAGCGCUCCGGAGGAAGGCCAAGAGGACGCGCCUCGGGGAGCAGGAGAACGGGCCCGCCGCCAAUGGUGACGUCAGCUUUCCGCAUUCACUGGCAAGUGAGGGCGAAAAAGGUCAGGUUACCGAACCCGGAGGCGUGACUGGUUCAGAGGCGGCUCGGAGUCCCCGGGCGCGGGCGGCGUCGCCUCUCCAGCGAAGCGCGUACGAAAGCGCGCGUGCGGCGAGCGAAGGGCCGCGCACGCCCGCGGUGCGGCGGACACCGAAGCGGCCCCCGCGGCAUGGGAGGGGGGCAGACCCCGGGUCGGCGUUGCAGCUGUCGUACUCCCCCCCGGAGCAGACGCCGGAGAGGGAGGUUGGGGAGAGCGGGCGGGCGGCGGGGAAGCCGCCGAUGCCGGAGGGGUCGAUGUCGAAGCUGGUGCGCACCUUCGAGUCGUCGCGCGAGAGCACCAGGAGCCCCUCCGUGGACAGCGGCAAGAGCAGGUACACCCCGCGCCGCAUUGACGAUGCAAUCAAAGCGCUGGUGAGCAUCAUCCGGACGUUGCCGGACAACACGUGGAUGACACGUGUCAGCCUGAAAGAGAAGGCACGCACCAAGAUCGGGGACACCGGGCUGCUCAACUACGCGCUGCGGGUGGUGGAGAAUCUGGAAGUGGGCGGAGGGGCCGUCGUGCGGCGCAUGGUGCACCCGGAUAGCCACGUCAUGGAAUAUAGGCUGGAGGUCCUCGGGAACCACGCUGGCGCCGUGGACCUCACUGCGCCUCCCGUUGCUGCUGAGGCCACGGAAAAGGUCGGGGUUUCAGCUUCCGACCACUUUUCGGGAGAGGGCAAAACCUCAGGGCAGGUCGGAGAACCUGGCCCCAGCCCGGCGAUUGCAGAGAACGGAAGUGCUGAAAAAGCUGAGGACGCCGGGGCUGCCGUGAGCGAAAGGAAAGGCAAUGAGGGAGGGCAAGGUGCGGAGAUGGAAGCUGGCGCAAAAAAAGGAGCAUCGGACGUCCCCGCAGAGACGGGUGCAUCCGAACGGCCAGCGGAAAGGGAGGGGAUGCAGAAGGAAAGCGGAAGUGGGAAGGGGUCCGGGUCCAAGCACGUCGUGGCAGCGAACCAUUUGCGCGGAGGUGCCGCGGCAAAAACCGCCCGGAGGAGUUUGUACUUGCCGGGAAUGCAAAGUGAGGGUGUGAGCACCGCGAAACAGGGGGAAGCGGGGACGAUGGGGAAGAAAAGGCAGGGGCCCGAGGGGGGUGGCUCGGAAGAAACGGCGGCGGGGGCAGAUGAUGGCGCGCGGCCGGAACGCUCUAGGAGGGUUGCUGGAAGCCCGCAGAAGGGGACGCCAGGUGGCGUGACUGCUGCCGGCGCGCACAAGCUGACAAAGCAGGACGUGGUAAAGGACCUGCGAUACUUGCAGCAGCAGGUGGUGCUCUCGUACAAAGCCGCGCGCAAGCUGCGCCGUACGGGAUCCGUCAACCCCGCCCUCGGCAUUGCGCCCACCACUCCUUUCGGGGGGGAGGAAACGCCGCUGGGAAUGACCCCCCUGACCAGUGUUGCGGAGGGGACGGGAGGAGGAGAAUUUACCGGAAAGGGGUUUGAAAGCGGUUCGGCAGGGGGUCUGCUGCAAACGGACGAGAAGAUAAAUAGUACUUCAGGGAAGGGGGAGAGUUGCGUGCAUGAGGCGGGCAACAGGGACGGGCUGACGGGAAAUGGAAAAUUUGCGGUCAAAAAGGAAGCUCCUGAGGAGUAUCAGCCACAUGGUCGCGGGGCAGAAGGGAAGUUUGGCACUUCGAAGACGCAGGGGCCUGAGGGUGAGGAGAAGAAGCCGGAAAAGAAGGAGCUAGAUCUGGUGGAGGCCAAACAGGAAUGGCGAACAGGAUCUGGUUCGCAAGUGCCGGCGGCCUUUGCUGAAAUCCAUGUGAAUGGGAGCGUUUCGCAUCUGGCCAGUGACGUAAGGGAGGAGGCGAAUGAAGAAAUCGCUAUUGAGCAUCGCGGACGAGCGGCGACGACGGGGAAGGAGGAACCGCUUGGUGUUUCAAGGGAGGGGAUUGAGCCGAAGCACGUGGGGAAUGGGCUCUCGGUGGCCGUUCACACCGACCCCUCGCCGAUCGACCCCGUCGCUGUGCUGCGCGCGUCCAAAGCGAUCCACAACACCAAAAAGUUCAUCAAGAGCUAUCACGGGGAACGUGGCGAGUCGCGGUGUCAAGAGCCGGGCCAGGGGGCGGACAUCCGGCUUUUGUUUGGGGUAAAGCUUCAAGAUCAGGGGCCGAAUCCACGGGCGAAAUGCGACCCCCCGCAGGAGCUGCUUGUGCUUCCCUCGGGGGCGACGUUCAAGGAGCUGAAAGCGGAAGCGGGGAGUGCGUUUCAGGAGAUGUACGUCAUGAUGAGGUCAUUCCGGGUGACGCGAGUUGAGGGGUGGGGGGGGACGCCGGACAAGGCGGCGGUAAGGCCCCUGUUAGCGAAGGAGAGGAGCUUCGGAUUUGGGAGGGAGGUGAACAAGGCGAAUAGCAAGGGGAGUGCGCUUGGGGGAACGGACAGAGUGACCUAUCCGUCCGAGUCGGCUGCUGACGUUACUAUGGGAGAGCUCGGGGACAGUCCACGUCAGGAGGGGUUGGCGGAAGCGGGGCAAGCGACGGGUGGGGGAGGACCCUGGGAGCCCAGCAGUGCACCCCUCGAAACGGGGGGAGGCCUUAUUACUGACAUGGCGCUUGAGUUUGGGCAGCUAGGUGGGGGCGGGCCAACGAAUACGAAGAGAGAGGCGUCGGAAGAAGGCGCCGGAGGGGGUGUCCCCCGUCACUUCUCUGCAGCUUGGGGUGAGCAGAACGCAGGGUUACUUGUGGGGAAACAGCAAGCGGAAGGGUCACUAGGUAGUCUCAACAGGGGGGAGCAGAGAACGGGAAAAGUGCACCCGUUGCCCCCCGGCCAAGACGAUCCUGCGAUCGUGGCGCUGUGGUCGCUCACAGGUACCGGUGCGGGCGCGGAUCUUGCGAGCGAGGCGCGGUUCGAGGCGGGGCUGGAGAGCUGGGUGGUGGACUGUCUUUGUGGCACGAAGGACGACGACGGGGAGCGCAUGGCAGAGUGCGACACGUGUGCCACGUGGCUGCACACGCGCUGCCUGCGGAUCCGGGACCGGGACAGUGUGCCGGCCAUUGUGGUGUGCCCGCGGUGCGCCCCCGGGGGGCAGCCCCGGGCCAAGGGGAAGGGCCCAAAGAAGGCAGGCAAGGGCCCUCAGAAGGGGCUUCAGUUGCCGUCCGAGCCGUCUCCCCCGGGGCCUCCAAACCGGGCCAACAGCAACAUUGGCGGCCACUCCCAGGAGCUGCCCGGUACAAGUCGCACCGAGCAGAAACAGGUGGCAGCUCGAGCGGAGAGCAAAGCUACGGAAGGAGACGAGACGCCGGUUGAGAACGGCGGGAAGUUGCCCAAUGGAAUCCAUCAGGGAGUGCCACGUGGCCCUAGCUCACUGGCGGGCAAGCAAAAGUCGGAGGGAGCGGAGAUGGCUGUGGAUGGGACAAGAGGGGAAGAAAUGGAAGGUACGGAAAACGGAAUGGUCGGGGCGUCCCUUCUGGGCGGGAAAGGGGAGAACGCGCUGGCCGGUGUCAAGCGGAAGAGAUCCACAGCAGGGAAGCGCAAGAUGCGCAGCAGUCUUGAGCACCUGGAGGCAGCGGUGCGCGACUUGGCGGGAUCGACGAUCCUGGAGCCGCCACCUGUCCAGUCGGGCUCGGCUGUAGGUAACGGUGAGACAAACCGAGGGAUGCAGAAGGAGGCGCGCCCCAUCGGGAAAACGAGGUCGCUGAGGGGGGGAAGACAAGCCUAAGCGGGGCACCCCCUGAAAUAGCCUUGAGGAGAGCUGAAGGAGCGAGGGUGGCGGAAGGGUAAUGGCGAGGGGCGGGGAAAGAUGGAAGAGGGCAACCUCGGUUGUUUAUCAUUCGGGAGAAUCUAGGAUGUAUGCGUUGUUAGAUCAAUCUGCUCGCGUUGGUGUAUACUAAGGCAGGACCUUGUGAUAGAGGUAAAUUGACAUAGACGCUGAAGAGGGCACAUCUUUCGGCUGUUCGUCGAGAUCGUUCUAGUGAGAG